CUCCCUACUACUACACCUCCUCCACUCCCCAUACAGCCAGUGAUAGAAUAACAUGGGAGAGGAAGGAUACGUGCCGCUCCUCCUAACCUAACAUUGACUCUCGCUGGGACAAAUGUGAUAUACAAGGAUUUCCUCAGCACACGCCGCCCACUAUAAGGAAAGGCCGAGGAUGGAGGAGUGGUGUUGACAGGAGCUGCAAGAACCAUCGCAACACCACAGCGCGGAAGAAACACCCUUAGUGAAACAGUGAAUAAGGGCGGAAAUAAAGCCAGAGAGAGAGAGAGAGAGAGAGAGAGAGAGAGAGAGAGAGAGAGGUUAAAAGUGAGUGAAACUUCGAGAGAGAAAAAAAUGACGAAAAAGAAAAAAACUGAAGAAAACACAAAGAAAGAUUCAUAAAACUUGAGAAAACAAACUUCAGUGUAUCAACUUGAGUGAAAAAAAGAAAAGAAAAAGAAAAUGAAUAAAAAGGAAAAAAACAGUAAAGCUUCAGUGAGUGAUUCGGAACAGCAGUGAAGCAGUGAAGCAGAUGAUUACUUUUGCUACCACCACCACCACCACCACCACUACUUAGCAGUGUGACACGUGGCAGCUUGCAUGAACUUCUAAGAGCACGUACUUACAGUGAAAACAAUACCAGUAGCGGUAACCCUGGAAACUACCCCAACAACAACAACAACAACAACAACAACAAUUACAUGAGAGAAUACACACCAUCCCCAUCAGUGACGUGACAAAGGCAGUGAUGAUGGUGACAGUGAUGCAGACACCAGUGACAGUGACAGUGCUGAGCUGAAACACACCCUUACAAACACACCAAGAUGUAAUUCACCUGCUGACGCCCACUCCUGCUGCACGGUAGCGGCGGGCGGCGGUGACAUCAACACACCUAAGCUAACGUGACGAGGCGAUGGGGCUGGCGGAGGUUGGCCUGAGAGUGGUGAGAGGCCCUGACUGGAAGUGGGCUGAGCAGGAUGGUGGGGCGGGACACGCGGGCACCAUCGUGGAGGUAGGGCGGCCGGGUUCCUCCACCACGCCGGACAGGACCGUGGUAGUACAGUGGGAUGCUGGGGCGAGGACAAACUAUCGCGUGGGUUACCAGGCUGCCUAUGACCUGAUUCUGCUAGAUAAUGCGCCUGUGGGUGUGAAGCAUCCAAGUCACAUAUGUGAUGGGUGUCGGCAGCAGGCCAUUGCUGGGAUACGCUGGAAGUGCAACUCUUGCUUCGACUAUGACCUCUGUACCAACUGCUACAUGGGCGACAAACACGAUCUAGUGCACCCCUUCAUCCGCUACGAGACGGCCUCCUCUAAGGGGGUUGAGGUGGGCGCCAGGAAGAAUGCAGACAAGAUUCCACUCCAGGGCAUCUUUACUGGGGCCAAGGUGCAGCGAGGCCCUGACUGGGAUUGGGGGAACCAGGAUGGGGGAGAAGGGAAGCAUGGCAAGGUGACUGAAAUAAGAGGGUGGGACAACGAAUCGGGUCGCUCGGUGGCAAAUGUGACCUGGGCCAGCGGGUCAACCAAUGUGUACCGGGUGGGCCACAAGGGCAAGGUGGACCUGAAGGUGGUCUGUCCUGCCACCAAUGGCCACAUCUACACCCACCACCUCCCCGUCUUGGGCAAGCAGGAAGCAGUGUGGAGGUGGCGGUGGCUCCCUCGCCCCGCCCACUGCCCUUCAUGGUGGGGGGAGCGGGUGAGGGUCGUGGUGAGUGUGGAUGAGCUGCGCACCAUGCAGGAGGGUCAUGGUGGCUGGAAUCACAAGAUGGCAGAGUUCCUAGACAAGGUGGGGGUGGUCCAUCGCAUCACAGACAAGGGGGACGUGCGGGUGCAGUAUGAGGGGUAUUCCACACGCUGGACCAUACACCCCAAGGCCCUAGCACGGGUCACCACUUACAACCGAGGCGAUCUGGUCACUGUGAUAUCCGACAUGACCAAAGUGAAGGAGUACCAGAAGGGCCAUGGAGAGUGGAUAGAGUAUAUGAGCAGUGCCCUCGGCAAGACAGGCAUUGUGGCGCAUGUUUACUCUGAUGGGGAUCUGCGGGUGAACGUGGAGAGCAAAACCUGGACCUUCAACCCAUUGUGUGUGACGGCAGCUCCCCAGGGUGCCGAGUACAGUGCCACCGUGAGAUCCAGCGAGCGACAGGACCAUAGCACUGAGACAGCCGGCCCCAGUGGUGGUCAUCUGGCAUCCAUCCUGCAUCCACUGCUGGACUCAGAGGCAGAUUCAACAGUGGUGGAUCAUUUGGUGAGGGAGGCAGCGCAGGGACACACCCAGGCAGUGGCUCACCUCCUAGACAAACAACCAGAUAAGGUGGAUGGGAAGAGCUCGGGUAAGACAUGCCUGCAGGUGGCAUGUCACCAGGGCCACAUGGACAUGGUACGCCUGCUGCUGGACCACAAGGCUUCCCUGGACAUAGCAGACGACGAUGGGGACUUGGCCCUCCACUACGCUGCUUUUGGGAACCAGCCAGAGAUCAUGGAGUUGCUGCUGAGAAAGAGUGCGUCCAUCAACGUGGUGAACAAAGCCCGGUGCUCGGCGCUGCACGUGGCAGUGAACAAGCAACAUGCAGCGUGCGUCAAGGUGCUCAUUAAGUAUGGCUGUGAUGUCAAUGUGCAGGACUCCUAUGGUGACACAGCCCUGCACGAUGCUAUAGGGAAGGAGAGCGUAGAAAUCCUGGAGCUGCUUGGGAACUGCCCCCACCUGGAUGUGACGCUGCGCAACAAGAGGGGCUUCAAUGUCCUGCACCAUGGGGCCCUCAAGGGAAACAAUUUUGCGGCAGAGAAACUUGUCCUGCGGUCCAGACAGCUUGUGGAUGUGAGGAAGGAAGACGGUUUUGCAGCGCUCCAUCUGGCAGCCCUCAAUGGCCAUCGACAAGUGGCUGAGACCCUCAUUACCCUGGGCAAGGCAGCUGUUAACAUUACCAACAACAAGAGACAGACACCUCUCCUGCUGGCAGUGUCUCAGGGUCACUGUGGUGUUGUGGAGCUUCUGGUGAACCACAAGGCAGACAUCACUGCUUGUGACGAGGAUGGAGACACGCCCCUCCACCUGGCACUCCUCAAGAACUCCACCACCUCCCUCACCCACCCAACACAUGCCCCCACCAUCACCAAGAUCCUGGCCGACAUUGGACAGAAAGGUUUCAAAAACAAUGUAUCACUGGCCCUUGCUUGUUUCCUGGCCCAGCGAGGGUGUAGUGUGACGUCUGCCAACCACCGGAAAAAGACACCACUCGACCUCAUCAAUGACACCAGCACUAUUGAUCUCCUGCAGAGCUACACGCCACAGGCUGGAGGAGGCAACGCACGCAUUGACAUGGACAUCAAGGCUCUGGACUUGGCCUCUGAGGACCUCCGGCACCACAGCUUUGAGCAAGGUUUCCCACAGUGUCCUGCUAGUCCAGGUAUCCCCCCGAGAUCUGGGCCCGUCUCACAGCCGGUCAGCCCAGCCAAGGUAGCAGUAGAGACCAGCAAAGUUGUGCCCACGCCUCAGGAACCUCAGAAUAACUGUGAUUUGGAAAAAGCUGAGGAGAAGGAUGGGGAAUGUGCCAUCUGCCUAGAGUUUCCGGCAGUGGUGGUGUUCCAGCCGUGUGGUCACUGCCUCACCUGUGAGGAUUGCUCCACCAGAAUCAAGAAGUGCUUCCAGUGUCAUACAGUCAUCGCGCUAAAGAACACCAAAGACGGCAAGACGGUAUCCAGCAAAGCAAGACAGCCGUCAGCAGAGAGACUACGGUACCUGGAGAACAAAAUUAUGGAGAUUGAGGAGGCGCACUGCUGCAGCAUCUGUAUGGAGCGCCGCAGAAACGUGGCCUUCCUGUGUGGCCACGGAGCAUGUGUCAUCUGUGCCCAGACACUCAAGACUUGUCACAUGUGUCGCAAGUCCAUUACCAAGAAAAUUAAUUUAUAUUGAGAUAUGCACAAGUGACAGUGGACACUGUAGUGAUUGUGGCAUAUUGACUUGUGGUGAAUUUUACUUAAAUUUUCUGUUUACUGGAAAAGUUUUAUUUAUGUUUUGGUGAAAUACCAUAGUGUUGACUUCAGAGAAGGUGGCUGGGUGAGUGGUGGGUUACUUUACUGCUGCGAGGAACGAGCGCAGAAAUUUUUGUACUUUAGUGUGUGCAUUGUCGUGGCAGCCACCCAAAAUAUUGUCACUCUGAAUUAGGAAAAAUCUGGUGCUACAGUUUUUUUUUAUUGCUUUUAAUUUUAUUGUUUUAUUAUUAUUAUUAUUAUUAUUAUUAUUAUUAUUAUUAUUAUUAUUAUUAUUAUUAUUAUUAUUAUUAUUAUUUGUUUAUUUGCUUAUUUUUUCUUACAUUUUCUUUUUCUCUUUUUAUAUAUAUAUUUAUUUAUUUAUUUUAUUUAUUUAUUUAUUUUUUUUCUGAGCUGCAUAUGAAGAUGUGCUGGAGCCUUCCUAAGGAAAUCACAUGACUUGAGUGGAGAGUCAGCACAGGACCAGCAUAAAACUUUGGUGCUCUACCCACUAGUGUAAGGUGUAGUGAGGGCACAAAUAUAGUCAGUAUGUGUAGUGAAGCCUCAUCUUAAGCUCCUCAGUCAUUCAAUUCACCAUAUCAUUGGUAGUCUUUCUGUCAGUCUUUCUCAUCUGCUUGAUAUUCAGGACAGAGUGUGUCAGAAGCAGCAUGAUUCCUGCUUACUGUGCCUCACAGAGGCAACAACAGGCCAAACAGACCAGGGCUGCAGUUACUUAGUGGUGUGUUGACAGUGUUGCAGUGUGAAGUUGUAUUGUGGAACUUAGCACUUAAGUUUUGUUCCCUUGUCAAUCUGAUCCCGGUGUAAUUGUUACUGAGGAAAAGUGAGAAUUGACUGUUAGUGUGAAAGAGAAAGGGAGGGUGAGGCUGGAGAAUAUUGUAUCAUAAUCAUGACUGCAUUCUUAAAUGUUUCGGUGCUUUAUCUUGACUAAUAUUUUACAGGCUGUAGUGGAAAUUAUUGAAGGUUUUCAAAGGUGUUUUCAUGAUUAAACUAGCAGUUUUAACAAGGGUUAUUUACCAUAAAUUGGGAAAAAAAACAUCAUGAGAACCUGACAAUUUCGUCUCUGUGGCCUUUGAAAGUAGUCCUGGUGAGACCCAAAGUAUUUAAGAAUAUAAGUGCAGUUUAUAUCCAUUUUGUGAUAAAACCACAAACCUCAGGGUUCGCUGUUAAAAUUCAGAGUUAAUGUGGGCGACACAAACAUAUCAUUUUAGCCACGAAAGUUCUGUAUAUCUUAAAAAGCAUCGCACAUUCUAUCCUUGAAUAGUUGGUAUAAAUCUAACACACUUUUGUUAAGAAUAAGGUGCCACAGCUUAUCUGUAUACACUAAAACGAUGAUGAAUUGUUUACUUCACUGCUCACUUUGUGUGAAAUUGUCAGGAAUUUAUUUUAAGCUCUUUGUAGGGACCAGAUUCUCAGAUGUUUUGGUGUCUCAUGUCGACUAUUUUUAUCUGGCUUCAGAAAUUAUUUAGUUUCAAGGAUGCUUUUGUGAUUCUAGUGAUAGUUUAAGGAAAAUUUUGCAUCACCAUUGGAGAAAAACAACAUUGAGAAUCCAAGUAAUGAUCUUUACAUCCUUUGAAAAUAGUCUUUAUGAGAGAACACAGCAUUGAAGAAAAUAAAGGCCCAAGCUGGAGGCUUUCAUACAUGGAACUCAUUGGCAUGAUUCUGUCUCUUUUCUUGUCUUUGUUCUCUUUCCUUAUCUUAUUCAGUCACAGGAUAAUGGCAGCGAGUAGUAAGUGGAUGGAGUAUGGUAUGGUUCUUUGCUGGACAUGAUCUUAAUUCUUGCUAAUUUUAUAGAUGGCAAGAACACAUUUUACUGCAGCCUGUUUCUGUACCAAGCAUGAUGAAUUUGAUUUCUUAUUUGCAUGAGGCAAGAACACAUUUUACUGCAGCCUGUUUCUGUACCAAGCAUGAUGAAUUUGGUUUCUUAUUUACAUGAGGCAAGAACACUUUACUGGAGUCUCUUUCUGUACCAAGCAUGAUGAGUUUGAUGUGAGAAUUCUCAAGACUGGUGGUGAACUUGAGCAGUUAGAGUAGUGUUUUGACUUACAACAUGAAAGGGUUACAAUAGCCUCUCCUGCACAUGUUGAAUUAUGGCCUCUGGUGUGCACAGAGUGUGAAUUUACCAUGUUUUCCCUGAGAGUGGGGACAUAGGAUCUCCCCUCCCUGGUAGUUAGUAGAUUGUCAUCAUGCAUAAGCCAUCAUCCUGUGUGGCUGUGUUGUGUUGCCAAUACAAGUUCCUCUUUACUGUAUGAACAGAUUUCUAUUCCACUUGUAGCGCAUGAAGGGUAGCGAACUUCAAGAUGGGAAGACCAUCUGGAUCAGGACUAUUGCUUUGUUUUCACACACACACACACACACACACACACACACACACACACACACACACACACACACACACACACACACACACACACACACACACACACACACA